UGUGCGCGUGUGGAUGGUUUGCUUGCUGUUCUAGUCUGCCUGGCUUGGGAAGAGGCCUGCUGAUAAAGCACCAGCAAUAAUAGGGGACUCAGGGGAAGAGGGAGAGAAACAAAACCGAAAAGGAAUACAUUAACUUUCAUUCCAAAUCAUGACGAUUUUUUGUUAUUUAAGUUGACUAGAAAUUGCCACUUCUCCCGACAGAUCCGUUUUACUAGCUUGCUAUACAGUACUGUAACUACAGUAGCUAGCUAAGUUACCUUUCCUGCUAACCUGCAACAACACGCCGCUGUUCGGGGGAAGAACAACAAGCUCAGCUGGAAUUCGUUUAUUUUUGAAGGUUCUGUGACUAUUGGCAUACAUCAAUAUAACGCCUUGGACCUGCAGAGGAUUUGCUUCGUGAGUUCCCCUGCCUGCUACGAUUCAUGGAAACCGUCUCUUUGGCGCUAAGAGAUAGCUAGCGUUAGCGUAAGAAGCCGAGCGACACUUCUGCUGACGUCCUUCACCAACGUUGUCAAAGCUCCUCUUACACCCCUCCCCUCCCUGCUCCUCCCUGUGACCUGACCCUGAGCUCCGUCCUCUUCCCCAGCAUGAAUGAAAUCACAGUGGUCAGAGAGGGCUGGCUCCAUAAGAGAGGAGAGUACAUUAAGACCUGGAGGCCGAGGUACUUCAUCCUAAAGAGCGAUGGCUCCUUCAUCGGCUACAAGGAGAAGCCAGAGAUGUCAUCCGACCACAGCCUCCCACCGCUUAACAACUUCUCUGUAGCAGAGUGCCAGCUAAUGAAGACAGAACGGCCAAGGCCCAAUACAUUUGUCAUCCGCUGCCUACAGUGGACCACCGUCAUUGAGCGCACGUUCCACGUGGAGAGCCACGAGGAAAGGGAGGAAUGGAUGCGGUCAAUCCAAGCGGUGGCUAACGGUCUGAAGACGCGAGAGGAAGAUGCACCCAUGGACAUCACGUUUGGCUCCCCAAGUGAUAGCAGCGGUAUGGAGGAGAUGGAGGUGGCCAUGUCCAAGUCACGCAACAGAGUGACCAUGAGUGACUUUGACUACCUGAAGCUGCUGGGGAAGGGGACUUUUGGUAAGGUGAUCCUGGUCAAGGAGAAGGCCACUGGGAUGUACUACGCCAUGAAAAUCCUACGGAAAGAAGUCAUCAUUGCUAAGGACGAGGUAGCACACACAGUAACAGAAAGCAGAGUCCUUCAGAACACAAGACACCCUUUCCUGACGACACUAAAAUACGCCUUCCAAACACACGACCGGCUCUGCUUUGUGAUGGAGUAUGCAAACGGAGGAGAGCUAUUCUUCCACCUGUCGCGGGACCGCGUGUUCACGGAAGACAGGGCACGGUUCUACGGUGCAGAGAUUGUGUCGGCGCUGGAGUACCUUCACUCACGGGAUGUUGUCUACAGGGACCUCAAGCUGGAGAACCUUAUGCUGGAUAAAGACGGACACAUAAAGAUUACAGAUUUUGGACUGUGUAAAGAGGGGAUCACGGACGGGGCCACCAUGAAGACCUUCUGUGGUACUCCAGAAUACCUUGCACCUGAGGUCUUGGAGGACAACGACUACGGCCGGGCCGUGGACUGGUGGGGUCUGGGUGUGGUCAUGUAUGAGAUGAUGUGUGGUCGACUGCCAUUCUACAACCAGGACCAUGAGCGGUUGUUUGAGCUCAUCCUCAUGGAGGAGAUCCGCUUCCCCAAGAACCUGGCCCCAGAAGCCAAGGCCCUGCUUGCUGGACUACUCAAAAAGGACCCCAAGCAGAGGCUUGGAGGUGGGCAAGAAGACGCCAAAGAAGUGAUGACACACAAGUUCUUCACCACAAUCAACUGGCAGGAUGUGGUUGAGAGGAAGUUACUGCCUCCCUUUAAGCCCCAGGUGACGUCAGAGACGGACACGCGCUACUUUGACGACGAGUUCACGGCACAGACCAUCACUGUAACGCCCCCGGACAAGUAUGACAGUUUAGAUGCAGAAGACCCAGACCAGCCCACGCAUUUCCCUCAGUUCUCUUACUCCGCCAGCAUACGGGAGUGACAGUCUCACACACGGGCAGACAGUCUCACACAAUGUUCACACACACACACACUUUCAAACACAAACACUUUCAAGGACACCAACUGGCACAGGAGUGACACCCACCUAGAAGCGCCAAAGUCUCUGUGUGAAGACAUGGAUCCUGUGACAUAAAUCACCUAAUGGACUACUGACCUCAGGCCUGCAUGAUUGGACCGGCGCUCCCGUCUCUCACGCCUACGGGUUCAGGCGUAGUGGGACGCGGCUGCCCUUUGCCGUGCCAGCGGGACCCCCGCCUGCCCUCCACACUACUGCUAUAAACGGGCGCAUCAAUAGCACCUCACUGCACCCAGGAUAAGCCAGCAAAUCCAUUCUCGCCACCAGCCGAACGCAUGCUGCACCUCACAUUAUUCCUGCAGGUUUUCCUUUUUACUGCUGAAUAUAAAUAUACAUAGCAACGGAUUAAAAAAAAAAAA